AUAAUAUAUGUGAUUUCUCAGUAAGUUAAAUGUAUAAUUAAUUUUUUUAUGAAGAACUUGUAAGUUGUUGGUUACCAUAACAACACUCAUAUCUGUCAAUAACAAAAGCGUUGAAGUUUGUUAGUUUUUAUCUUAACCUACAAUAAGUUACCAACAGUGAAUAUGACAACGAAUAAAUUGGAUUUGGUCACUUCGGAUUUGUUUAACGAUCAAGUCACUCUAGGACUGCUGGGAGUUCUCGAGAAUACUCACGGCGUGAACAACGUGACUAUAAAACAAUUUUUGCCUUGCGAUAAAGCCAAAAUAACCGCAUGGGAACAACGGAACGCAUGUGUAUUGCCGGACGACGUACGGCAAUUUUAUUCUUCAUGCGACGGCUUCAAGCUCACUUGGUCAUACAAAAUAGACGGUAUUCUUUCUGAAACUUCAGCUAACUCUGGUCUGCCUAUUGGUAACAUUACGAUAAACCCGCUGUCCGAUCUGAUCCGGCUGUGCGACGUUAAAUCAGAUUCGGUAGACAUGAGCGUCAUGCGUGAUCUGCAAAUGCUGGACAGAUUGUCUGGCGAAAAUACGCCAAAUUUUACAGUGAAUACAAUUUUCGAGCUGGACUCCAGUUUAGAUGUGGGCCACAUUUGCUUGGUAUACUUGGACGAGAACGCCGUGACGCCAGCAAUUAAGUGCAACCCGGACUUCCAUUUACACGAGGAACCAAGCAGAGCGUCGGUGUGGCUGAUGGACACUUCUUAUUGUUGGCAUUUUUUGGCUCCCAAUUUCAGUAACUACUUUAGAAAAGCUCUGGUGCACAUGGGUUUACCGCACUGGCAGUUGAAAUUCACCGACUUGGGCCUUACACCAAUUGGAGAGUUUUUUAUGAACCUGGUCGCCCCACAUUUAAACGUGACGGAGCCCAUACCAGCGAUUGGACAAUCAAACGACGAUGGAACGUCCCCGCCAAAUCAUUUUGAUUCCAGUAUAUUGAAAAACACAUUAAAGUCGAAUAAAUCCAAAAAGACUUCAGCGCAGGCCAAAAGUGCUUAAAGUUAUAAUAGUGCACGCACAGUAUCGAUUUUAUAAUAUUGUGUCAAAUUUAUUUAUAAAACGUAUUGAACAAGAUUUUUUACGUUAUAACUUAUACAUAGUAGGUACCAAGUAUCUACUUAUAUUUUGUAUUCUUUCACCACAUAGAUUGUAAUUACUAUACGAAUAUAAUUAAAAAAACUAUCGUUUGGAAUAUAAUAAUGAUUUUUGUAA